UUGCGCACAUUUUUCUUCUCACUUGAAUUUUCAUUUCAUCCGUGUGAAGAAGAAUUCCUGUCCGUAUUUUCUCGUGUUUUUUUUUCUUCUCCACAAAUUACAAGAAAAAAAAAAUACAUAAAUUCCAAUUAAAAAUGUUACCAAUAAUCGAAUAUUCAAAGCUCUCUAUUCUGUUCUUGUUCAUCUAAUUUGUUUUUCAAGAAAAGAAAGAAAAUACCUAAAAACCACCAUGGAACUCCACUCGUAUGCAAAACUACGAGGAUACAAAAAAUGGACCAUCCAACAAAAACGCAAACUUGUUGAAGCUCGCAUCAAUUACGAUGGAAUCUUUUCGCGAAAAUCAUCAAAUUGUAUGGAUUCUUGGAAGAAAAUUAUGACCACAGCAAAAUUGAAUGAUUUCAAUGUUUGUUUCGUUCGCAAACAAUGGGCUAAUUUAUUGGCCAAAUAUAAAGCUUAUAAGCGAACACGUUUAAGACAACUUGGCAAAAAUGGUGAAAUUAACGAUCAAAUAGCUCGCGAAAUUAGCGAAGAAUGGGAAUUCUUUUAUCCCAUUCACAGUUUCAUGUCGAAGAAGCCAACUAAUUUUCAUUCCUAUGCCCAGAAUCCACGUGACGCUGCCGAUGAGAAUGGCAAUGAUCACGACGACGAGUUGAAACCUUUCCCAACAAUUCCACCAAAUACAGAUCAUGACUUUUAUUCCAAAUCGGCAAGUCGUGAGAUUCCAUCUUUGUUUAAAAUGGAAUCAGAUGAAUUGGCAAUACCAAAUCAAGCGACAGUGGCAACAUCGCCAAGAAGGGUUUCCGAAUCUGUCGUUGUCUCGGGACAGAAUUCUGAGAAUAGUAUUAAAAUUGAAGAGCCCGAGAAAAUAGUACAAACUGAAAUUAUCGCCACCGAUUCGGCGGCGGUUAAAAAAACCAAGAAAAAGCGAAAACCAUCGGAAAGAGACAAGUACUACAAACACAAGAGACGUUAUGACCGCCGGAAUGAGCGUCGUAUGGAUGCUUUGCUAAAUGUUGUUGGUCAAAUGGUUAAAGAAUACUUUCCGAAUGUUGACACUAGCAAGUUGGAUGGACAAUCUGACCAAAUAUCGACUGAGGAUGAUAAUGAGAGCGAUGAGUCUGAGACUGUGUUUAUGGAAGAAGAUACGGAAUCUUCUUGUACAGCUGCAUCAUCAGCUGAAGCACCACCAUCAGAUGAGAGUGGGCUUUAAGGUAGAGAUGAUGAUGACGAGGAGGACAAAAAGGACUGCUUUCUUUUAUUCUGUAGACUGAAUCUAUGAUAAUUUUUAUUGCUUAAGAUUUAAAGAGUGCGCUUUUUUCCUAUUUUGUAGUUUUGUUCAUGUGUUUGUUGUUCUAUAAAAAAAAAACGAAAUGCACACAAGUCUCGAGCAUAAUUACAUAAAUUAAAGGUUUCUAUUGCACUUGAAA